AUGCUGAGGCGGUAUUUUCAUUCGAAGCCUGGUGAAGGGAAUCCUGCUGAUUACACUACGGUGAAGCUGGACCAGGACCGGUUCCAGAGCACAGUGACCAUCCCGCGCUUGGGCACCAAGGUGUACACGGGAGAGAUCGGCAAGGAGAAGCGGAUUGCCGAGAUUCUGGCGGCCAAAGAAUUCUUUGAUGACACUGACAACCAGAAGCUUCUUGACAACCUGGAGCCGUCACACAACACUCCAGGCACACCUGUCUACCGGAAGAAGGCCAUUGACAGGUACAAAUCAAAAUGCGCACGCGAAGCGGCGCACGCGAAGGCAGCAUCUCAGGCUAGCAACCCUGACCAGACCAGCGCGGCAGAGCCAUCAGCCAGCCUGUCAGGACCUCCUUUGAGUUAG